CCUUCGGCUGCCUCUUACUUUUACUUUUUUACUAUUACUUAGUCUUCUGAUCAUCUAGAUCGUGAUCAGGUCAGAGAAACAACUCGUACACCCGGCAAGAAUUGAAACUGAGUUUUAUCCGGUUAUUAAGAUAUCAAUGCUAGAGUUCUCAUAAUAUCUUGUGAAUGAUCAUGAACUUAUUGUGACAAGUGAAAAAUUUUACGGAAGAGAAGAAGAAGAAGAGGGUGAGAAGAAUUUAAAGUAGAGGAAGUGCAGUGCCGAUAUGUGGCUGAAGACUGGAUUUUUAAUAUUUUACGCUAUAUCACUGGUAAUAGCUGAUGAGUAUGAUUUAGCAAUACCUGAUCAGAAAAAUGAGAAAAUUCAGGAAUUAAAUGAAAAAUUACGAACUGGAUCACGAGAUUUUGUCACAUCCCACAAAAUCCCUGAAGGUAUAAUAAUUCCUGAAGAUGAACCAGAAAGCUCUGAAGAACGAGCGAAAUUAACAAAAGAUGUUAUACAAAGAAUUCAGAAAUCAGACAAAAAAAUUCAAGAUAUCCGUAAUGUUGAUCAAAAUUUAGAUCCAAUUUACUCCGAUGACAUUAGUGGUGUCAUCUCAAAUACAAAAAGACAAGCUCGUGUCGAGCUGGAAAAUUUUAGUGAUACUGGAGUGAUUCAAGAAGAUGGAAUUAGAAAAUUUGGUAACUUCAAAACUAGAAUUGAUGAAGAACGAGAUUCAAUCAUUCCUGGUGUCCAAGUGAGCAAUGAAUAUCCUACAACAAUGAGACCAAUUCUAACAACUGAUCGCUCUUAUUCUCGAGGCUCUUAUGAUUUUGUUCCUGUAAAUAUUAUUCGUGAAGACACAAAAAAUUCUUGGUCACCAUAUUCCAAUCGAAACUUUGAUGAUCUUGGAGACGUCAGUUUAGUGCCAGCAGGCUCUAACUCUAGAAUCCAGAUAAAAAAAGGUCCAAAUGGAAAAGAUUAUGAAUAUGAAUAUGUAUAUUAUUACUAUGAUGAAGAAGAUGAAUCGAAGGCCAGUGCUUCAAAUAACAAUCAAGAAGAUAUUAGAUCAGCACCAUCAUCAAGACGUGGAAGUAGUAGCAGGAGCAAAUAUAAUUCCGUAGAACGAUCAUCAACAGUAGAACCUGCUAGCAAUGAAAUCAUUCCUAAAAAUGGAAAUAGAGGAAGACAACUGGGAGAGAGUGAGGAAGUUUCUGAAGAAAGAUUGCCGAUAAAUACAAGAUUCCCACCGAGGUCUAGAUCUAACCAUAACACAGGAACUACUGAGCCUACACGUAACCGUGGAAAUCGUCCUAGACCUAAUCUAGAUCUCGUUGAUUCCAAUAGCUUUAGAACUUAUCAAGAGGGACCAGAAUUCCCUCAAACGUUGCCUAAAGGUCCUGUUAGAUUUUUAGGAGUAACCCCAAAUGAAAAUUUCGAAGAUAGACCUGUAAGAAAUCGUGGGCAACAUAAGGUUCUCGAACCAGCUCCAGUAGUUGAACCUCUCAAUGACUCUGGAUAUGUUAAUAGAAGACUUCCUGCAGAAACUGCAGCUGAUGUUGAAUAUAAUGGUGGACGAUAUUCUUCAAGACCUGCAGAAGCUACAUCAAUUCCAGCUCAUCGCGAGGAAAGACCAAGUUUCGUUAGUGAAAGACAAUAUGAGACACCAACUGAAUCUACAACUUAUGAAAUACCAACAACAACGUAUCAAUCAGCAAUGGAUAAAGUGGCACUCGAUCUCUAUGCAUUCCUUCAACAAGGAAGAAGUAAUUCAAUCGAUGGUGUUACUGACACUGAAGAUUCUAGUGAAAGUACAACUGUAACAGAUGAAUCUACUGCAACUGAUGUAUCUACAACGACUGAAAAUGCUGAUCCUACCACUGACCCUGUGACCUUAGCUUCUUCUGAUGCUCCGACAACUACCACCACUACGACAACUACUACUACCACUACUACAACCACAACUACCACUGAAGCUCCAACAACUACGACUCCAGCUCCGGUUGGAAGAGGAAAAUUCAGAAGACCAGGACUUCCAGGUCUAGGUGGAACACCUCGAAAUAGAUUUAAAUCUAACGGCUCAAGUGCAAGCACAACUGAAGCAUCUCCAACAGAGUCGACACAAAAACCACGCACUCGAUAUGGAGGAUCAACAAAUACUGGAUUUAAACGAUCAAGGCCUGGAGCAAAACAGCCAGUUCAUGAAGAAGAUGUUCAAAAAGAAGGUUCAAGCCCUGUUAAUGCUGAGAAACCAGCAGUAGGAAGCCGCAAUCGGUAUAGAGGAAUCCCUAAAACUCUCACUUCCACAACAGCAUCACCGUCUGGAUCAUCACCAUCAGGAAGUUCAUCUGGUUCAGCUCGUCCAUCAUUUAAUAAAUUAAAUAUCAAUCGACGUCGUGGUAGACCAACCACAGCAGCACCAACAACAGGUGAAGAAAACCACGAAUCUUCCGAUGCACCACAAGUAGAUGGAACACAAGAAACCUCUACUCCUAAAUCUGCUCUACGUCCAAGAUUACCUGGCAUUGGAAAUAGACCUGUCAGGCCAGGUCCACGAGUUAACAUUAGAAGACCUGGACAAUCAACCACCACAGCAGCACCAGAAGUGUCUGAAAGUGUAGAUGAACCAGCUGGAGAAGGAACAGAAGAAGAAACACAUGAGGCUCCAGCAGAAACCAGCCUACCAACUAAACCCACAACUGUCAAUCCCUUGAACAAAUUACGAUCUAAAAAUCGUCUUCAAGUUCAACCAAAAACUACUACUCGUUCACCUAUAUCCGCUACACCACGAAGGUCGCCUUUAUUACCACGUCGCCGGACAACUGAAGCUCCAGUUGUAGAAGCUAGUUCUGAAGAAACAAUAACUACAGGUAGUGAAGUAGCAGCCGAAGCUGGCGAAGUUACUGAAGCUGUAUUACCUGAAACUAGUACAGCAGCCAGCACAAAGCAUGAAGAAACACGAAGUCUCAAUGGACUCUUGGCUCCAAGACGUAGGUUGACACCUCGACGUCCUGGUCAAAUUUUUAAUCGAGAGUAAAAUUGUAUUUUGUAUUGAACCCUUUGGAUUUUAAUUGAAAGCAAUAGAUUUUUAUCAGUAAGUGCAAUUAGCUGAUUAAUUAAUGUCGAGUUUAAUUAAAAUCAAAAGUAGUAAAUUGACAAACAAAUCAUCAGGCAGUAAGCUAGUCUUCAUAUAAGUGCACUUCUUAGAUUUUUGAAAGUGUCAUUUAGGUACGAAAUACGAUGGGUUCAUAAAUGAUCGGAUACUAUAUUGAUAAAAACUGGAUACUAGAUAAACUUGAAUUAAAUUUUUUUUUAGAAAAGUAAAUAAUCGAAAUUAUUCAACGAAAGUUUAUGAUACGAUAUUGUAAAUUUAUACUUUUAAAUGGAAAAAUACUAGAAUUAUUCGUUAAUAAAUAAAUACUUAAGUUUUUUAUCUUUUGUUAUCAUAAAAAAACGUCAAAUUAUGUAUCAUGACAGAUUCGAUCUACUAAGUUAGAAAUUCUUUUAAUUGGUCUUAGUAUUAUUUUGUUUUGCACGUAAUUCUUUUAAUUGAAGCUACUGGUUUUAAUUGAAUUGAUUGUUAGAUGUUAAAAAUCUUUUAGGUCUGUAAUUAUUACAUUGAUAGGUCGAAUUAACAAAAGAAAAAUAUUAUGUAAAGAAAAAUUCUUAAACAUAAAAAAAACUUUUUCAGUAAUUCAAUUUCUAAAAUCAAACUAUAACUUAGAAUUGGAUUACUUGACUCUAUUCAGACGGGAAAAAGCAAAUAAUUGUUCUCCUUAAAACUAUUUGAUAAAGUACCAGCUGUAAACUCAAAUAGUCAUUUGCUGGGCUUCAUUCUUGUUGUAUCCAAUAAAAUCAAGAAUAUCAACAAUCCUUUAAACUGUGUGAUGAUAGUAAUGAGUGUUAAUAAUUUGUACUUAUUUUUAAAUACUUAGUUUAUAUUUUCUUUUGUUUUAAUUGUAUUUAAUAUUAUCUUAAAGAUCUUAUACCUUAUGUAAUAAGACCGCAGUUGUUACAUACUUAUAUUAUUAAAUACAAUAGCCAUUAAUUACCUUUGCUACAAAAGCGAAUGAAGAAGAUCACAUUCAAAUGUGUUAUAAUAUUAUACAUAUCCGUCUAAUUUCCUUUAAAAAUAAUGUAAAUAUUUUUAUCAUGUACUUAUUAAAUAAAUCAAUUUUACUUUAAAUUACCAAAUAA